AUGAGUGCUGCGGUGGUGGAUGAGGAAUUGGACGAGGACGUGAUCUGCUUGUCCUCCAGCGACUCCGCAUCGCCCGAGUGCCACACGAAGCGCCAACUUCAGCAGAUUCCCCAUCAGCAGAAGGUAUCGCCGGGCUGCUGCUCCUCGUCGACGGCACCGAUGGUGUACCGGAGCCACAAGCACUCGCGUGUUACGCUGGAGCAGAUGAACGAGAUGCGCGCCGACGGUGCACUCUGCGACGUGACGCUGGUGGUGGGCGAGGUGCGCAUCAACGCGCACCGCCUGCUGCUCGCCUCCUGCUCCAGCUACUUCCGCGCUAUGUUCACUUCCGAAAUGGCCGAAAGCCGACAACAAGAGGUACAGAUGGUGGACAUCGAGCCGCACACCCUCCAGACACUCAUCGAAUUCUGCUACACCGGCGAAAUUGUGAUCGCCGAGUUCAACGUGCAGUCCAUCCUGCCAGCUGCUUGCUUGCUUCAGCUCAGCGAAAUACAGGAUGUAUGCUGUGAGUUCCUGAAGAAACAGCUCGAUCCGACCAAUUGCUUGGGAAUACGGGCAUUUGCUGAUACUCAUGCCUGUCGCGAUUUGAUGAGGAUUGCUGACAAAUUCACGCAUCAAAAUUUCCAAGUAUUUCCUCUCUCUUUGUACUUUCUCCAGUCAAAAUUUACCGCAUAUUCUGAUAAUGGCUUUGAAAUUUGUGCAGCCCGGAAGGUUUUUCAGGAAGUUUCAAGAAAUGAAGAAUUUAUAUUACUGCCACUGAAUCAGCUAAUAGAUCUUAUAUCGAGUGAAGAGCUGAAUGUUCAUUCCGAAGAAACUGUUUUCCGAGCCGUGCUGGAACACGUUCGAUUGCCGCUCUGUCCUGCCAAGUUUUUGGUGAGCGUGGUCAGUGAAGAUCCAUUGGUGAAGACGGAUGCGCAGUGCCGCGAUUUGGUUGAUGAAGCGAAGAAUUAUCUGCUGUUGCCCUUGGAGCGAGCGAACAUGCAAGGUCCAAGGACGAGGAGUAGGAAACCAGUGCCUUACGGUGAAGUUUUAUACGCAGUAGGAGGUUGGUGCAGCGGCGAUGCGAUAGCUUCAGUGGAGCGCAUGAAUAGUCGGACUGGCGAGUGGCACUGCGUCACACCGAUGAGCAAACGACGGUGCGGCGUUGGAGUGGCUGUGUUGGAUAAUUUGCUGUAUGCUGUCGGAGGACACGAUGGGCAAAGUUACCUGAAUUCUGUUGAAAGGUACGAUCCGGCGAUACAUCAGUGGAGCAGUGAUGUAGCUCCGACAUCCACAUGCAGAACGUCGGUCGGUGUGGCAAUGCUGGGUGGCCUACUGUAUGCGGUUGGUGGUCAGGAUGGAGUUUCUUGUUUAAACUUUGUCGAAAGAUAUGAUGCGCAUCGAAAUGAAUGGUCUAAAGUGGCUCCGAUGAGCACCCGCAGACUAGGAGUAUCGGUUUCGGUGCUGAACGGUUGUUUGUACGCUGUUGGUGGUUCGGAUGGACAAAACCCACUGAACACCGUCGAACGGUGC